AUGUGCCCCACCGAGCAAUGGCGACUCCUCCGCAACCUCAUCAACAGCCAAUCCGGCAAGCCUGGUGCCCUCGUCGUUGAGCUGCCAGAGGGGUCUCUCUUCACCUGGACCGCCUGCUCGCAGCUGCGCGUGCAUCUCGCACACGUGACGCUGCGAAGCACGGGCGUCGGCGCAUCUCUCAACGCCAGUGGCUGCUCUCGACACUUUGAUGUCGCCUUUGGCGGCACGCUGGAGCUCGAUCACGUGCACCUUGUUGAUGGUGGCAAGCAGGCGAGUGGCGGGGCGGUCAAGGUGCGCCACGGCGGGUCGUUGCUCGUGACUGAGUCCUCGAUCGAGGACUCGAGUGUGGUGUCGCUCGACGGUACCGCGUACGGUGGCGCCAUCGACGCAUCAAACGAGAUCGCGAUUGAUCUGGAGGUUGCGCUGCGCAUGCUGCGCCAAAGUCCGUACUAUUCGCUGCAUCUCAACGAGCUCGCGUCGGGCGUCACGGUGCCAGGCGAAAUCGGAUCGCACGGGUUUACUGGUCUCGUCACCAUCCUGGUAUGUCGCGAGAACGAGGGCGCGCAUGACGUGGCGACGGAGGUGAAGGCGGCAGCGGCGGAGGGGCAUAGCUCGACCACGGCCGCACCGGACUCUCCGGACGUGGUUGUGAUCCGCGAGGCUUCAGAGGUGCUCAAGGAAGCCAACGCACCCGCACCGCUCCAGGGGCGCGCCGUAUUGCUGCUUUACCUGAACGAGAAGACCUUUCUUGACCCGUCCGGCACCGUCGCGCGCAUCGUGCAAACGGCAAUGGACCGGCGGAUCGCCAUCGCUCCCGUCGCCGAGCAGGACCCUGCAAGCGGCGGCGUUGCCUUCAGGCAAUUUUUCCAGCAAACACCUCAGGUGCUGCAGCAGCCACCGUACAAGCUCUUCGACACGCUCGCCGUGCCGCUGUACCCGUCGCAGCAGCACCGCAAGAUGAUUAAUCGCAGCGUUGGCGUUGGUUAUCUCUCGUUCAAUCUUCUCUCAACAUGA